AUGGAUUUCGCCAUGCUGGGCCCCGCAGGGGAAGGGCUGCAGAAAGCAGGCGUGCUGUUGCAGGAAGGCGGGGAGUUCAACCCUGCCAUGUUCCGCAUGAGGCUGCCGGCUGUAGAAGAAGGCACGCAGGUGAAGGUGCGGGUAUCGUAUGUGGAGACGAUGGGCGUGCGCGCGGGGUACUACGAGGUGGUGGUGCCGCUGGUGGUGCCGGACGCGGUGGUGCCCAGUCAUCUGGAGCUCGUGGAGGUGGUGCAGGUCAGCUGCGCUAUUAACAGCGGCCAUACCAGGCCACUCAAAGUCGGGGAUUUCAACCAUCCCAUGAAGGUGAUGUUUGUGGAGCUAGGACGGGCGUCCUUCACGGGCUUCCCUGCCAGCACCACGCCUGAUGGCAAGCCAUGCGUGUGGCCCAACGCUGACUUCGUCCUCUCCUACCAGGUGGUGUGUGAGGACGUGGCAGCAGCCAUGCUGGUGCAGGCGCCCUACGAGGAGGACCCCGACACACGAGCCAUCUUCUGCCUCUCCGUCUGCCCUCCUGACCCCUGCCAACUGCCGGUGUACGGGCGGGCAGUGGUGUUCAUUCUCGACAGCCACAACGCCAUGCGUGGGCGCGCAAUGGAGGAGGCUCGGCGCGCUGUCAUGGCAGCGCUCAAGCGCCUGAGUCCGGCGGACAGCUUUGGCAUCAUAGCGUUUGACUACGAGCUGCUGGUGUAUGCGGAGGCCAUGGAGAGCGCCACAGCGGAGGCCGUGAAGAAGGCCAGCAAGUUCGUGCUGCAGGCAUAUGACACCGACGAGGCCUGCAACAUUCUCUCGCCGCUGCAGCUGGCGUUGAAGAUGCUCAAGGGAGUGAGGGGAAUGCUGCCGCAGAUAGUGCUGUUGAGCGAUGCAGCAGUGGAGGACGAGCGCUCCAUCUGCUGCUACCUGCAGGAGGCGCUGCUUGAAUGGGGACCCAACGCCCCCCGCAUCUUCACCUGUGGCAUCGGUCCCAGCUGCAGCUACUACUUCCUUCGCUGGAUAGCGGGGGUCAGCCGAGGGGCCACUGAGUUCGCCUUCACUGCUGACGAGGUGCGGAAGAAGGUGGAGCGGCUGUUGCUAGCGGUGUCUCGUCCACUCAUCACCAACAUCACCAUUAGAGACAUGCCCGCCGGCUUCCAGCUGGUGCCAUUCCCCAUCCCCGACCUGUAUGCAGCAUGUCCGGUGGCGGUGUCAGGGCGGCUGGACGGGGAUGUGCCCCUGGCGUUGGAGCUAAGAGGUGUGCGUGCCAACGGGGCCCCCUGGAAGGCCAAGGUGCCUGUUGUUGAGGCCGCCACUCUGCCGCUCUCCACGGUGGGCAUACGGGAGCACACGGACCUGAUGACAGCAGAUGCAUGGCUGCAGCGCGACCCCGACCUCGAGCGAGGGGUGGCGCGCAUGAGUCAGACGGUGUGUGUGCCCAGCCACUUCACACGCAUGGUGCUCUUUGAAACCAACCGGGCCAGCUACGACGCCCUGCAGCACGACCGCAUACAGGGCAAGGACCUCAAAGUCCGAACCUACACCGACCCUCCCUCCACGCCUGUCUCCAUUGUCCCGAGCCUGGUCAUAGGCCUGGGGGGACCAGCAGUGGCUCAGAAGCAGACGAGCCAGCAGCAGCAGGAGCAGCAGCAGCGCGGUCCAGGGGGGCUGCUGGGGGAGGUGUUGGAGGAGGAUGAGGAGGAAGAGGAAGGAGAGCUGCUGCAGAGCAGACAGGGGAAACCACUGGGGCUCCUGGGAUCAAUUAUGUCGUGUUACCGGCCCAACGCUGCUCCUGGGUCCAAAAAGAGAUGA